UAUCAACAGUCUCUCAAAGGCUCUUCCAUCAAAUGGGUGUGGAUACACUGCGCCUGCGCAACUGAGCUCUUUCGGAAGCAAAGUCGGGUUUAUCCAGGGGGUCUACAUCAAAAACCGAGGACAAAAGUCAUGUCUGGCUUUCUGGACGGAAUCCGGUGUGGUGACUGUGAGUGCAAUGUAGACUGGGGAGAGAGAAGAAACACCAUCGCGUCAAUAGCUGCCGGAGUUCUGUUUUUCACUGGUUGGUGGAUCAUCAUCGAUGCAGCAGUGAUCUACCCUGAAGAGGAAAACUUUCACCAUGCUUAUCAUACGUGUGGUGUCAUUGCUACAGUGGCCUUCCUCAUGAUUAAUGCUGUUUCAAAUGGCCAAGUGAGAGGAGACAGCUACAGUGAGGGCUGCAUGGGGCAGACAGGCGCUCGUGUCUGGCUCUUUAUUGGCUUCAUGCUGGCCUUUGGCUCCCUCAUUGCCUCUAUGUGGAUUCUGUUUGGAGGAUUUGUAGUGCCUCGUAAGUCAUGUUGUGUACCCUGGUAUUGCCAUUUUCUUCCAAAAUGCCUUCAUUUUCUUUGGGGGUUUGGUCUUCAAGUUUGGACGUACGGAGGAUCUGUGGCAGUAAUGGAUACUGUGUGUGUCUUCUGCUAUACAUUCUGCAUUCUAUAUUGUAUGAGAAACUAUGCUUUAGUGGUUAUUCACUUUAUAUAUAAAUAUAUAUACUUUUGUAGCUUUCAGAUUAACAUGUUUAAUUUAUACCGUUUGCUGUAUAAAUAGGCUCAAUCAUAACUAAGCACAAAUUUUCAUAGAUUCUUUAAAAGUGGAUAUUUCAAGAUAUGGCACAUAUGUAAAUGUGUCUGUUUGCACUCAGACAAGUAGCCAUGUUGUUAUAAUGGUUUACAAAGUGUGUAUAUCCAGAGCUUUACUUUGCCUUUAACUGUACACAUUAAGUUCUGGUAUACUUGUAUCUAUGGUAUUCUUUAAAUUGAACUGUCUGUGGGUUUAACAUAAAUUAUUAAGGUACAAACUAUACCUGAGCAAUAUUUCCUAACAUAUGCAUUUACACUUACUGAAUGUAGCUGUGUGGGUUUGCAUUUUUCCACAAAUAAUACUCAGUCAGCUAGCAUACCACUCAUUGAUUUAUUAUUGGAGGUUUCUUGGGUAACACUGCUGACCUGAAGGUAAAGAGGUUUCAGAACUGUAAGGUUUUGUUUGUCUACUGAAUUCUUACAUUUGACUGUAACAUUUAUCCAUUUGCUUAUGUAACAUCAAUACCAUGAGGUCGAUAUUUUGACAACCAUGGCAACAUUAAAGAGACAGAAUAUACAAGAACA